CGUUAAAGUUGCUAAGGCAACAACGUUUCUUCUUCGUCAAGACAAAUAUCGUUCUUUGAAUAAGGGAAACAAGUUACAAAUACAUCGGACGUAAAAAUGAUAAACUUUUGACUGUUUAAAAAGUUUGUGGCAGUACCUACCUACGGGAAUAAUAAGAUGCUGUUUAAAGCUGUAUUUCUAUUGUUCGUUUUAAACAUUUUUGAGGUUAAACCAGAGGAAUAUGAAAACGAACAUCAUGAGUUUGUAUCUGCUGUAUUGAAGAAAAACAAAAGUGAUCCGAACAGAUUUACUUUUGCUGGCAAACACUAUUAUGUUGCUAAUAUUUUUACGGCAGACUUCUACAAGGCAAUACAAUUCUGCAGACAACAAAAAAUGCAGUUGUUGAGCAUUAACAGUAAACUGGAAAAUGACAGGAUUGGAAGAUUUAUCGAAGACAACGGUAUGUCACGUGGUCAUUUCUGGACUUCGGCUUCAAAUCACGGAGGUGACGGAGAAUGGGUAUGGUUGUCUACCGGUCAAAACAUAGUUUACACCAAUUGGUAUCCUGGGGAACCCAGCGGAAUAAGUAGGGAAAAUAACACCGAAAAUUGCAUAGAAGCGCGACACUUUGGAUCACAUGGAUUUACGUGGAACGACUUACCAUGUCAUUUGAAAGCAUAUUUUAUUUGUGAAUCUAAUUCUGAUUGCGAUUAGAAUAAAUACAAACCUAAGUCAA